GAAAAAUGAUCCUGCUCGUUAUUUUCCCGCCGCCUGCCAGUCGAGUGUGUGGGCAGAGAGACCUGAAGGUCCGUCGCUACAGCAACAGGCUGAACAGAGCAAAGCUGAGAGCAGAAGAAGAAGAAGAAGAAGGACAAGAAGAAGAAGAAGAGAGGAAACACAGGACCUGAGCAGAAGUGAGAGGAGGUGUGAAGAGAUCCAACAGCAGGAAACACAAACAGGAAGCAGCAGGUCGUCCUCGUCCUCGCCGACAUGUCUUCAGUCAGAUCCGCCGUCCUGCUGCUGCUGAGCUGCUGCGUCCUCGCUGUCCUCAUCGUCCCGUCCUGCAGGGGUCAAGGAAGUGACUGCAGUUGUGACAUCACCAACAGUCGCUGUGAUGAGUCGGGCGUCUGCAGGUGUGACCCUGGUUGGGACGGCGAGCGGUGCGACCGCUGCGUGCCGAUGCCGGGCUGCCUGCACGGGUCCUGUCAGCAGCCGUGGCAGUGCAGCUGUGAGGAGGGCUGGGGGGGGCGCUUCUGUGACAAAGACCUGUCGGUGUGUUCGGAGCAGCAGCCGUGUCAGAACGGAGCCACCUGUGUGAUGGAGGGCAGCGGCGAGUACACCUGCGUGUGUCCUGAAGGCUUCCACGGCAGAAACUGUCAGCUGAAGGCUGGACCGUGUCACCAGAGGAGGUCUCCAUGUAAAAAUGGCGGCCUGUGUGAGGACGCUGACGGCUUUGCAGCAGAGCUGACGUGUCGCUGCCUGGCGGGCUUCACGGGGCCGCGGUGUGAGGCCAAUGUGGACGACUGCCAGAUGAAGCCAUGUGCUAAUGGCGCCACCUGCCUGGAUGGCGUCAACAGGUUCUCGUGCCUCUGCCCCGCCGGCUUCACCGGGCGCUUCUGCACCGUCAACCUGGACGACUGCGUCAGCAGACCGUGCCUGAACGCUGGUCGCUGCCUCGACCGUGCCGGAGGCUUUCACUGCGUGUGUCAGCCCGGCUACACCGGAGCGACCUGCGAGACGGUGCUGAGGAGCCACGACGCCCGCGAGGAGGGAGGAGGAGGCGGAGUCAGGCCUCCUCUGACCACAGCAGGGAAGAUCCAGAGGAGCAGCACCACGAGUAACAGCAGCCAUCAUGGCGACCGGCUGUUUAAGGUGACGGUGAGCGAGCGCAGCGGCGCCAGCCUGUCGGAGGUCCAGCUCAUCAUCCUGCUAGUGCUGGCGGGCGUGACGCUGGCCGUGGUGGUACUGACCGCCACCCUCGUCCUGCAGGGGCACUGCAGGGACUGUGGCCACGCCCCCUGCUGGUCGCUGACAUCAUCAUCCUGCUCGUCAUCAUCACAGCGACGAGGACAGAAGAGCAGCGAGCAGCGAGGGGGGCCGGACGAGCAGGAGUGUCAGAUCAGCUUCCUGAACGUAGCAGAACCAGAGAAGAAGAAACUCAACACGGAGGUGAUGUAGAGUGAGCGGGCGACCGAGAGAGACAGACAGGUAUGCUCUCUCGCCCGGCAGCGCGGGUCAGAGGUCAGAGCUGGAGCCAACAGGAAGUGCACCACAUCACAACUGUGACAUCACGACAUGUAUAUGUGUGUUUGCAGUGUAGAUGUGACUGAUCAUGUGACUCGUGAAGGACAGAUUCUUUGCCUACAUUACCCACAGUGCACCUCUCCUUCUGACAGCUGUGGGUUAGCUAGUAGCAGCUAAUGCAGCUGGUCUGACUCGGUGACAUCACUGGACAACAUUUAUCAGAUGUCACAGCUCGUCUGGACACUAAAGGGUCCUCACACAAGACCCCCGACACCUGGAGACACCUGGAGACAGACUGGAAACAGACUGGAAACACCUGGAGACAGACUGGAAACACCUGGAGACACCUGGAGACAGACUGGAAACACCUGGAGACACCUGGAGACAGACUGGAAACACCUGGAGACACCUGGAGACAGACUGAGGUGUAGAUCUCUGCCGCAGACUGUGAGCGCGACUGUAACAGACCGGUUCAGAACAUUUUGCACUCCAUGUUUUAGUAUAAUCACUUGCAUUAACUUUAUGUUGUCUGAUGAACUUUACAAACAUUUAAAUUAACAUUCAAAAUGAACCUUUUUGUAAAAUAGAUUCUGUAAAAGUUGAAGUGUUUGUGCCCUGUACAGGAAGUGUUUCCACAUGUUCAUCUGGUUUCUACUCUUCAGUUCUGAACAAACAGGAUGAAGUGUUGAUCACCGAGCUGACGAGUUGGUUAGCUGUCUUUAUGCUAAUCAACGCUAACCAGCUACUAGCCGUAGCUUCAUGUUAACCCUCACAGUGAACAUGUGAUGGCAGCUUCUUCAUAUUCUGAGCUCCAAACAUCAUCAGUGUGACAGAAACAGGAAGUCCACUGAGACAAACUGCUGCUGUUCACACACACAAACCUCCGGAGCAGAGCUGCUGAGACUUUUAUUGUGGCGGGACUCAUUAAAGUCAUGUUUAAAUUAUAGAAGCUACACUGAAAGAAAUAACUGACUUCAAGUGUUUUACAUGUAAAUAUUCCAUCUAAUUUCAUCAGAAGAGUUAAAGAGUCACACUUGAUGUAAAGUUGAGUCAAUGUGAAUAAAUUCAGUAACACUCUGUUUAUGUGCUAAUAGAUAAUAUUUAGAUUAUAACUGUGACAAAAGUCAAACAUUUAGUAAAAACAAUGAGAUAUAAAUUAAAACUCAUGAUGUGGGAAAGA